AUGCAAGGCACUACGCGGGUGCCGCAGCCGUGGUCGCUGCUGGCCCAACACCGCUCCGUACGGCGCCACAACUCGCAUGGGGAUACACACGCACUGUUGUCGUCUUCGUCGUCAUCGUGUUUCCUGUCUUCGUCGCCCGCAACGUCCGGUGCGAUGGCGGUGGCGCAGGACAGUACUAGCGGCCCAACAGGAGCGGUUGCGUCGUUGCAUGGCGCGGUUAACGACGAGGCUGUGCAUUCCCCUACUGUUUCGACGGUGUCGCUUCUGUGGGGGGCGUCGUUAGGGUUGGACAGCUGCAGAAGUGCGGACAGCGUUGUUCCUGCGGCAGUUGGAACACCAACAGGUGGUGACGGUAUAGGAGGAGAAGCGGCAGCAUUGGAGGCGGGCAAUGGGUUUGUGAGCAGACUUCUGAAGCAAGUGAGGCAAGACGCGCAGUCACGCUCGCGAAACGGUACAGAGGGUGUGUGGGUGGGAAUGGCGGAGAUGCUGAAGAGUGUGCGCACGCUGCAUCUCUCACGGUGUCCCUUGUGUGCCCCGCAGCGGGCGCCCAACUGGUGGACGACCUUACGUGAGGAGAAGCAGCGACGAUAUGAGGCGGGCAAUAGCGCACAGAGUGGCGGGAGCUGCCGUGGUCAAGACACUAACAAACGAAAGCGCGACAGGGCGAGUUGUGAGGGUGAGUCUGCAGAGUCGCACAAUGCCGAUUCAUCGACUAGCACGAGGGCGGUCGGAAAUGGGACCAGCAGGGAGGAGGAGGAGGAGGAGGAAGAGGAGCAGCAGAAACAAGUGGAUGUGGAGUUGUUGUGUGCUGAGGCGUCUGACUUCCUCGAACACGUCUAUGCACGACGGGAGCGUCUCGCCGCGACACGGCCUGCAAUGUACGCUGCAUGUGCUGAGACGCAUGCACUUCGCCAGGCGUGCGACGCCCUCGGCGGCAUUGUACUCCUUGAGGCGCUCCUGUUGGGGAUGUAG